GGGGGGGCGGGGGGCGGUGAAGAGUAAGAUCUCGGUUGAACGUUGACGAGGUGAGGUUGAGACUGGGAGGUAGAGCACGUGGAAAACAAUUGUGGCUGUUUUGUGCAGCCGAGGAAAAUAGGAAUCUGAGGUAGAGUCGUGCCUUCCCAAGCAGUUCGACGAGACCCAGGUGUUUCUUUCUCCCCCCCCCUCCUCCCCCUCACUCCUCGGACAGCUUCUUUCCCACACACCUUACGUUUUCGCACGACUUUUUCGCUUCUUCUCACUCUAUACCUGGCACCCAUACCCCUCCAUCAACAUCAAGCAUUUCGAUAUUAACCGCCGAGGAGAGGACUCCGCGUCGGAAACACAGGACCAAGUCAGAUCAACGAGCGCAUUCCAGCCAAACUAUUUCACCCGGUCAACAUGGACGCUUUAGAAGCCGCUUUAGAAGCCGAACUCGAAUCUGACAACCGGCGAACCAAUAUCAUGCCACGGCGCUGGAGGUUGCCGGCCGAUCAGAGACGAGUUCGGCCCAGCAGAUCAGAGGACGUGGAUAUGAGCGAACUAGCACAGGCUCGCAGGGCAAAAUAUAAAGAGUUGAUGCGAAAGAAGAAAGAGGAAGCAGAGGCAACAGCGGCAUCAUCAUCCCGCGCCCGAGUCGACAACAUCGAUGAUCCCACCCAAACCUCCAACAACGCCCCAGGCGCCACUGCUGCACACAACGGCCAGCAAGCCACCGGUAGUCACAACAACAAGCGCAAGCACGACGAGCCUUCCGAGCGGUCGCGAAAGAGGAGAGGCGCGCCAGCUGCCGCCAGCGCGGAGCCGAUCGGAGGAGGGCCGGCCGAAUCUCUAAAGGCUAGAUUCACGACAGCUACAGAUCAGUUCUGGAAAGCAGAAGAGGAGAGGAACCAAGCGAAUGCAGACAAGCUAGAGGCGUCUGAGCGGAAGUGCGAAGAGCUUCUUCAGAAAAUCGCGGAGAUGACCCAGGACAGGGCGACGCAAGCCCGGAGGAUCGCAGAGAUGGCACAGGAAAACGCAAGGCUGGCGCAGGAAGUCGCGACGCUCAAAGCCAACCCACGCAUCUGAACGCAGUGAGGACGCGUCGGGAUAAGUAUUCUCGACACAUGUGGGCUGUACAGUUGGACGAGUUCGAUUUCGGCGUACAUACAAUAUGCCAUCAAGAUCAGAAACACAUACAGUGUAUCCACAGGAGGCUCACCUAGCAUCGCAUCGCAAUCUUCACACAGAAGAUUAAAUAGAGAUGUGCAUGAUGGCUGAGCUGUACAUAGCUUGACUAUGUGAUAUCUGACGAGUUACAAACAGUGGCUUUUCGACGAAUGGGGCAUUGGAAAGGGAAGUGGUCUUCAAACAGUAGUCCACGGAGCCCGGUACGCCUCAUGGCAGUAUUUCCUAGCCUAAUCAAUGAGAUGGAUGUCAACGGC